AAGCAAAAUCCCAAAUCCUGGGCAUGUUUCUUAUUCUUUGUUUUAGAACCGUUGAUCCUCAACUAUCCCAUUACCACAUGUGAGCAGGAACAAUUAAAAUAAUUUUCUCCUUACUGCAGGAAAGAAAACAAAUAUUCUUCUUCAACAUUCUCUCCGUAAUGGUCUAAUGACAGAGGUCCUCAAAUUAAAGCCUGCGGGCGAGAUGCAGGCCUCCUGCCCUAAAACAUUAGACUUGGGUGGUUUAAAUCUGAAGCGACCUGAAUGACAACAACAAUCCUAAUUAACUUAACUAUCUCAUCAACCAAAAGCAGGCCCACACUCCCCGUUGAAAUACUGAGGAAUAUGUCUGAAAACUGUGAAAAAACCUUCCUCAAACUAAGCUGGUUGAAGAGAUAUCUUGGCCCUGCUUGCCACCAAGAUAUUAAAGCUGAGGAGUCUCAGGGGAAAAAAAUCGCAAUGCCUUUUGGAGACAUCUUGAGUGGAAAGGACUUGGUUGCCUGGAUCACCACCGGCUUCCUGCACAUUCCACAUGCUGAGGAUGUCCCCAACACCGUGACACUUGGGAAUGCUGUCGGUUUCCUUCUGAGACCUUACAACUAUUUUGAUGAGGACCCUUCCAUACAUUCUCCCGAUGGAGUAUUCUUCCCCAGUGAGCAGGACUUCACUUCCUGUGAUGUCAACCAUAUUGCGUGCCUGCCAAAAACAGCAACGUGUGUGCCCAAACUUCAGCCUUUCACCUUUGAAGGCUUUCAAAAUCUGACCAGACUCUGAGAUCUUCUGGAUUUUGGCUGGCUACUUAUAUUUGGAGUGGUGGAAACUGUUCACCCUGAUAUCUAAGGACCAUUAGUUCUGAUUUUUUUUCUGUUCAGUCAUUUAAAUCUAAACCUUAAGACUGACCUGCUUGCAUUGUGCACAGUUUUGAACUGGUAAAGAAACUGCAGUUCUUCUUCUCCAUGCCAGAUUGUUUAGGUGAACAUCAUAUCACAUAUUAGUCUGUGUAACGAACUGUGACAGGGAGGAAUCCUUUUAAAUCCCACCACACAGUUACCACCAAUUGUAAAGAUGUCUGGAUGAUGAUUUUAAAUAUUUAUUUAUUAUAUAUAUAUGUUUUUUUUAUAUAACCGCUGCCACCAAUUGUGGAGAUGUGGGGUAGAGGAUAAUUUAUUCUUUUUAAUUCUUCUUAUUUACUUCAGAUGGUAACGUUGCUUAGCUUGAAUAUAGGUGUGACAGAGACUUAGAUGGUUUGAAGAACAAAACAAGUUUAUUUCAUGUACAAAGCUUAGUGGUUUCAAUAAUUUCUUUAAGGCACUUAAAUAACUGUUACAAAUAGAUGUUGAGGUGUUCUAACUUCCAAAUACUUUCUUCUUUCAGAACUAAACUAGAAACUGAUCAAUUGGAUCUACCAGGCUUACUUCCCCUUACUUCACAGCCUCCACAAAUAACCCUAAACAAGUCACCCAACUUGCUUAGUCUGGCCUAUUAGAGGUCUGCCUCCCUGAUUUCCUAAUCUGAAACCAGUCUUUCUCCUGUGACUAAGAAUCACAGACCAAGAUUUAAACUUCCCUGGUUUCCUUAAACUUGGAACCAGUCUGUCCCCAGGGCCGGCCGGAGAUAUUUUUUAAUGUGAAGCGGGGGUGCUGAAAAGCGCCCCCGCCACCGGCCCCGCCUCCCGCGCCCUGGCCCCGCCCAGCGGGCCCUGGCCCCGCCUCCCACGCUGCGUGGGAG